UGUGAAGCAAAUUGCGACGACCCAUUAAUCAGCAGCCACAUUCACGUCAUUCGUCACAAUUGAAUUGCCUUUCAUAUACCGUUACCUCUUCAUUUUCAUAUAUAUAUAUACAUUCCAAAUAUUGUAAAUUUAUAUAGUUUCAAUAUUAAAAUCAUAAUUACAACAACAAUUCGUUAUUUACUGCCAAUCCAGUAAACUUAAAUUCGAACUACCCAAGGCAAGGGCAAACCAACACACACAUGCCCAAAUAUAUGGUCAACUUCGAGCCUCAUCUGCGUAUCCUGGAUCAGCUGAAAUACCUGUCAGGUUGGUCGUUCCUUUUUCUCCCAUCUUUAUUUUCAUUUGUGCUAUUAUCGUACUGUGCUUUAAUACGAGUUUAUUAAAUUUGUUCAUUUUUCGUUCUACCUACAUAUCUACCUGCUCGUAAAAAACCGUAAGUAAUUUUCUAACUUCUAAUAAUUCGCUAAAAUGAGUAACGAGGACUAUUUUACUGAAGCUGAAUCAGACAAUUCGUCUAGUUUAAGUGAGCUUAAAAAACAGCGAGGUACUUUAAAGGGACGAUUAACUUUAUUUGAGAAGUACCUUAAUAAAUUAAGUAAUGUUACUUUGUCUGAAAAACAACAAGCAGAACUACUAUUGCGUAUAGAAUCAGUGUCAAAUUUAUUCAAUUCUUUUAAUGAAAUACAAGAGCAAAUCGAACAAUUAUGUAGCAGUUCAGAAUUACCUAAACAAUUGGAAUACAGAGAAUACUUUGAAAAUUUAUAUUUUGAUAUGAUGUCUGCUGCUAAGUGUUUUAUUAAAGUGGACACAGACAAAAGUGAGAGUUCUAAAUGUUCACACGCGUCCAUUAGUAAUAAUUCAGUCUCAGUUAAGCUGCCUGAGAUCAGGCUAGCCGUAUUUGACGGUUCUUACGACCAUUGGCUCGAGUACAAACAUUCUUAUUUAUCUAUGAUUCACAAACGUAGUGAUUUAGAUGCGAUUCAAAAAUUUCAUUAUUUGAAAUCCUCGCUCAGGGGUUCUGCACUUGAAGUUAUUAGUGCAUUGGAAUUCACCGCUGUUAAUUAUACCCACGCAUGGGAAUUAUUAGAGAGUAGGUAUCAUAAUAACCGUUUAUUGAUCCACAAUCACGUUAAAUCUUUAUUUACUGCACAGUCUAUUAAUAAAGAGUCACCAAUGCAAAUUAGAAAGUUAAUCGAUGUUGUGUUACGUAACCUUCGGGCUCUUAAAUCACUAGACGAACCGACAGACUCGUGGGAUACAUUAAUCAUUUAUAUAAUGGUGUCUAAAUUAGAUACCUCCACAGAACGAGAAUGGGAAAACCAUAAAGGUACCUUAUUUUCUAAUUCGCAAAAGGGUAAAAUAAAAUUAGAGGAUUUAUUAAUUUUUUUACGAAAUCGUGCCGACAUGUUGGACAUGGUUCAUAACAGCAAUUCACGCAAACCACAAAGUCAUUUGUCUAAUUCUAAUAAGUCAUUCGAUAAUAAUAAUAAUAUUAGUAGACGGCAGACAAAUGUCAUACCACAAGUUCAGCAAUCGCAUAGUUUCGUGUCUACGCGUAAAUACAGUACAUCCGACAGGCCGAUGCGUCAAUGUGCGUUGUGCGGUAAUAUGCAUUCGUUAUACGCUUGUAUUAAAUUUCUUAACUUACCAGUUCAAGAGAGAAUUAAAUUUAUUAAUGAGAAAAAAUUAUGUUGUAAUUGUUUACGUUCGGGACAUUCGGUUUUAGAGUGUAAUUUCGGUCCGUGCAAGCAAUGUCAGAAAAAACAUAAUAGUUUAUUACAUAAUGAAAGUGUCUACAUUGCGUCUACGCCUGUUUCACCAGUGACCAGUGCGCAUAAUUCACAGUCAGCUGAUAAAGGGCAGGUCUCAGUAGUAUCACACGCAAUGAACUUUAUAAAUCAUGCUCAGUCAUCAAAUGACAAGGAACCUUCCAUAUCACUGUCACAAGUGUUAUUGUCCACUGCUCUUGAGGUAAUGGAUAAUAACAACAAAUAUCACACAGCCCGAGCGUUGUUAGACAGUGGUAGUCAAAAUUGUUUUGUAUCAUCAAAGCUAUGCGAAUUUUUAAACGUAUCGAUUAUACAGUCCACUAUACACAUAUCUGGCGUGGGACAUACAGUCUCACAAUCAAAUAAAUUAUGCGAUAUUAAUAUGCGAUCGAAAACGAACGAAUAUAAUACGAGUACACGAAUAAAAUGUUUCAUAUUGCCAUGCAUCACGUCUAGCUUGCCGUCCACUCAUAUUGACAGUGCCACACUAAGUAUUCCAGACGAUAUCUGUCUCGCGGAUCCUACUUUUAAUUCACCAUCAGCGAUCGACCUGCUGAUAGGUGCAGACGUAUUUUGGGACUUGUUGGACGAAGGUCGACUUCGAUUACCUAGCGGACCAUAUCUACAGAAGUCUAAGUUGGGAUGGUUACUUUCAGGUCCUUUAUUAAUUCCUAAUAAUAACUUGCACAGUAAUAAAGUAAUUCAGUGUAAUUUUGCUCAAAUGUCCUCACUCGAUAUACAACUGCGUAAGUUCUGGGAACUGGAAGAAGUCAGUGGAUCGAAGAAUCUUCUCACUGAAGACGAACGUCAGUGUGAGGAGUCCUUUAUUAACACGACAAAGCGAGACAGCAAUGGCAGAUUUGCAGUUCGAAUCCCAUUAAAGGAAUCGGCGGACGCGCUUGGUGAUUCAUAUGAAAAAGCCAAGUCACGUUUUCUUUCAUUAGAGCGCAAGUUAAACAAGUCACCUAAAUAUAAAGAGAUGUACGUUAAUUUUAUGCGCGAAUACAUUAACUUAAAUCACAUGACUCCAAUUAAAGAGUACACUCAACCCUGUUAUUUUCUUCCUCAUCAUGGGGUGUUUAGGGAACAUAGCAUCACUACAAAAUUACGUGUAGUGUUUGAUGCUAGUGCCACAACUACGACAAAUAAGUCGUUAAACGACAUACAGCGAAUAGGGCCACCAUUACAAAACGACAUCUUCUCCAUUUUACUUCGUUUUCGUAGUUAUAAGUACGUAGCGUGCGCAGACGUGGAAAAAAUGUAUCGUCAAAUUUUGAUUCAAAACGAUCAGCGUACACUGCAACUUAUAUUGUGGCGGGAAAAUUCUACGGACGAAUUAGUUGUAUAUCAAUUAAAUACGGUAACGUACGGGACGGCUUCGGCUCCCUACCUGAGCAUGCGUUGCCUGCGUCAACUGGCAUAUGAAACUACUGAUGAUGUUAUUGCUAGGGUCAUCAUCGAAGACUUUUUUGUCGAUGAUUUAAUCACUGGUGAUGAUGAUCCCGUAAUUUUGUCUAAUAUAUGCGAAAAUGUUUCGACUGUAUUAAAAUCAGGUUGCUUUCCGUUACGAAAAUGGACAUUCAACCAUGACGUAAACAUAAAAACAUCUAAAGAAUUAGCAAUUGGAGAAUAUUGUCAAAAUAAAACACUAGGACUAGGUUGGCAAGUCGACAAAGAUGAACUCCAUUUUACUACGAGUUUGGAAAAUAAGCCUAUCAUCACAAAACGCACUAUUAUGUCAAUCAUUUCGCAAAUAUAUGAUCCUUUAGGACUUUUAUCUCCGACUAUAAUUAUUGCAAAGAUAAUGUUACAAAAAUUAUGGUUGCUCAAAAUCGAUUGGGACGAUGUGGUUCCCAUCGACAUAGAAUGUCAAUGGAAUCAAUUUUUAAAUACGUUAUCACAUCUGCCCGAAUUACGUAUACCUCGCUAUGUCAUGAGUGAAGAUAAACAAACUUGUGAACUGCACAUUUUUACCGACGCCUCACAAGACGCAUAUGGCGCUUGUGCGUACAUACGUACUUAUAAUAGUGACAGUGAUUUGCCUAUAACUAUUAAAUUGUUAUGUGCGAAAAGCAAAAUUGCACCGGUAAAAACUGUGUGCACUAUCCCGCGACUUGAGUUGUGCGGAGCAUUACUAGGUGCGCGGUUGUAUCAUAAAAUAAUCAAUUCACUUAGAUUAACAUUCACAAGAAUAAUUUUCUGGACGGACUCCACUAUUGUUAUCGGUUGGCUUAGAAUGUCACCUUAUAAUUUGAAGACAUUUGUUCAAAACCGUGUAUCACAGAUUAAUGAACUUACGGGUGAUGCAGUGUGGUUGCAUAUAGACGGCAAGAGCAACCCUGCUGAUAUCGUGUCGAGAGGCCUUACAUUAAAUAAACUUAAACAUAAUGAAUUAUGGUGGCACGGGCCAUUAUUUUUGCGAGACCGUAAUUUAACUUAUUCAAAUAAUAUUUUUAUAGAUCAAACUCAAUUACCCGAAGUUAAGACUCAACAUAUUAGCAUGGUAUGUAAUGAAUUAAAUUAUAACAACGAACUGGUUGAUUUUAACAGAUUCUCGUCAUUCAAUCGAUUACGACGCGCCGGUGCAUAUGUAUUGCGUUUUGUAAAUAAUAUUCGAGUGAGUAAGCUACAUCGUACUGUUGGUCCUUUAUCUACCAAUGAAUUAAAUGCGUCAGUUAUUAUGCUGACACAGCUCGCGCAAUCACAAUCCUUUUCUGAGGAGUAUAGUGAUUUAGUUAAGCGAUCAGUAGUAAAGGCAAAAAGAUUGAUUGGUUUAAAUAUUUUCGUGGACGAAAACAAAUUAAUCCGCGUUGGAGGAAGGUUACGGAACUCGCCCCACUUCGAUAAUGAUAAAAAACACCCAGUCUUAUUGUGUAACCCCAAUGACCUUCAAGCCCUCACUCCCGCUCACUUCCUCAUCGGCCGACCUUUGACAGCGCCGGCCACUAGAGACGUAACUGACAAGCCAACUCACCGCUUGCUGCGCUACGACGUGAUUGAGCAGAUGAGACAGCACUUUUGGAGACGAUGGGCAAAAGAAUACGUCUCGGAAUUACAAUCAAGAUCUAAAUGGAAGACUAACCAGAGCGAGGUUGAACUCAAUAAACUCGUUCUCAUUAAAGAUGAUAACCUGCCUCCACUGCAAUGGAAGUUAGGCAGGAUAAUACGUAUUUAUCCCGGGACCGAUGGUAUAUCGAGAGUAGCAGAUCUUCUUACUUCAUCUGGAACUACACGAAGAGCCUUUUCGAAGAUCUGUCCAUUACCCGUAGAAGCUGAUACCGCAGCAUCUAUUUAAUCUUUUGGAACCUGCUGCUUCCAAGGCGGGGCCCAUGUUACUGCAUAAUCUAUGGUUGCUGAAAGGAGCGUGAAGUGUGAAGCAAAUUGCGACGACCCAUUAAUCAGCAGCCACAUUCACGUCAUUCGUCACAAUUGAAUUGCCUUUCAUAUACCGUUACCUCUUCAUUUUCAUAUAUAUAUAUACAUUCCAAAUAUUGUAAAUUUAUAUAGUUUCAAUAUUAAAAUCAUAAUUACAACAACAAUUCGUUAUUUACUGCCAAUCCAGUAAACUUAAAUUCGAACUACCCAAGGCAAGGGCAAACCAACACACACAUGCCCAAA